UUGGUUAGAAAGUGGAAUUUGCGAGAAGAGCAAAUUGCUCAAAUUCAGUUGUGGUCAAAGUUCACAAAAGGACAAUUUGAGAAAAACUGUGGUACUUUGAGUGUGUCAGUUUUAGGAGAAUCAAGGCGUAUCUUGGAGAAUCUAUCCCCAAAGAAGCGGAGAUGGAUUGACUGGACGCUGUUUAACAGAUGGGAGCGAGAAGCGGAGGCUCGAUACGAGAGGCAAAGAAAAGGUGAGGAGGAAAAGAUUGCUCUUAUUGCCUUACAGACCAAGAAGCAGAAGCAAGAGCUCGAUUAUAUGCAGGCAUUGAGUGGGUGCAGGCGGCCCCCGCCAUACAAUGCUGCGGGAGAAGAGGAAGUUGGACAAGUGCCAGUGGCUGGGAGCUCUGCAGAGCCAUGCUCCAGGAAAGGGGAAGUGAAGACAGAGGAUGAGAGCUCAGAUGAUGAUGAGGAUGAGAGGGAUGCAGGGGUUUAUCAGGAAGUUCGAAGACUCCUGAACGAGGCGAUGACACCUGAGUUGCGUGAGCCCCUAAGCCGCGUAUUCAAGGGGGUGAAAAGAAAAGCUGGAAAACCACCUCUCACAUACCCAAUGAAAACUCGGUCGGUCUCUGUGAUUGGGAAAAAGACUGAGAAAACUUGUAAUUUGCCUAUGCUUCAGUUUCCAGGUGCUGAAGGGCCAGUGUGGGUGGAGAGACCUUGGGAUUUGGAAGAGCUUCGGAAUGUGACAGCUGCACUCCCAGAUCCAGAAAAAGGGGUAGAACGGUUUAUAAGUGCAGUUACAAAUGUUGAUGUAACUUAUAAACCCACAGGUCGAGACUGGUCAGCAAUAUUCAGUGCAAGACUGGGAUUGAAGUGGACAGAAGUGCGUGGAGCAGGCGAAGACGCUUUCAACCCCGCCCUGCAGCGUCUGGAUGAAGGAAGAACUGAAACUCAGGAGUGGAGAGUUCAAUGGACAGCAAUGCUUGAGAGACUGAGACUGGCUUACCCACUGCGGCCAGACUGGGCAGCGAUUGCCAACACGAAGCAGUUGAAAGGUGAGACUGUCACUGCUUAUCUUGCGAGACUAAAGACUGUUGUUGAUGAAUGUGCAGGUCUUCCAGAAGGAACCGACAACACGGGAGUUCUGAAAUACCAUUUUGUAAAUGGCCUGCUUCCAAACAUACAGAAAGCUGUCAAAUUGACCUGCAUUGGAUGGGAAGCUCAGAAUCUGGAAGUGGUGAUGCAACAUGCCAAGCAUGCUGAGCAGAAUGACGAAAAGAGGAACACAGAGAAACAGCAGAAGUUGGAGAAUGCUCAGUACAUGUUUUACCAGUCCCAGUCCAACAACCAAAUGCCAAGAGAUGACAAUUAUCAAGAGGCAAGAAGAGGAAGAGGCAGAGGCCGUGGCAGGUGGAAUGCACAGAAUGGCAGGAUUGGGGACAGAGACAGGUGUAGAAUCUGCGGCCAGAGAGGUCAUUGGUCUAGAGAGUGUCCGGACAACCCGAGUAACUUCCCCCAACAGCAGCAGUACCAAAAUAACUUCCGACAGCAGCCACAGCAGAGCUAUCCGCAGCAGAGGCAGAACUACAGAGAGCAACAACACACUUCUUCUUUUCCUCCCCCUCCGCCAACGGCAAGCUCCACAGCAUAGGAUGAGGAGGGAGACACUCAAACCCGAACAACUCAGCUUAUUCAACUGACUAAAGACCCAAGCUCAAAUCCAAUGAUGACGAUACUUGUACAAGGACUUCCAAUCUCCAUGUUAUUGGACACUGGGGCCACGAGGUCAACACUUACGGUUAAAGCUGCUCUGCCAGUUCCAGGUGUUGGACCCCAGCACUCUUACGAGCCAGGACAGUGGGUCUGGAUCAAAGAUCUCAGGCGAAAGGCGUGGAACAACCCAAGGUGGCUAGGGCCAUACGAGAUCAUUCUAACA